CCAUUGUUAUGAACUCUUUUUUAUUCAUUAAACACGUUGGUACGCUCUUUUAUUGGUCCGUCUGGAAACACAACCUCAAAGACAGUAGUUCCGCAUUGAAUGCAGGAUGUUGUGGUGCAGACCAGACAGGUCAGAUAAGCUUGUUGGCGAGUUUCUUGGCACUGGAUCCAUAGUCAGAUCCAAAAUGAUAAAAAACUGGGGUGUUAUUGGUGGGAUAGCUGCUGCGAUUGCAGCUGGAGUAUAUGUUCUGUGGGGCCCAAUUACAGAGCGAAAGAAGAAAAAGAAAGGUAUGGUUCCAGGUCUCUUGAACUUAGGAAACACCUGCUUCCUGAAUUCUUUGCUUCAGGGUUUGGCAGCAUGUCCAUCCUUCAUCAGGUGGCUGGAAAAGUUUUCAGGGUCACCUUCAAUUCAGUCUUGCAAAGACAACCAGCUAUCCAUGACUUUGCUCCAGCUUCUCAAAGCCCUGUCCAGUGAGGAGCCUGGGGAGGAGGACGUACUUGAUGCUGGAUGCCUGCUGGAUGUUCUCAGACUGUACCGGUGGCACAUCAGUUCCUUCGAAGAGCAGGAUGCCCAUGAGCUUUUUCAUGUCCUCACUUCUUCUUUGGAGGAGGAGCGGGAUCGUCAGCCCAAAGUCACUCAUUUGUUUGACAUGCAGUCUCUUGAGAGUCUACCUGAACAAGAGGAAAAAACCAUGAGGUGCAGAAUUCGAGCUCCUCUUCAUCCAAUACCAAGUCCUUGGAAGUUUCAGCAUCUUCAUGGUCGUUUAACAAGCAACAUGUCAUGCAAGCGUUGUGAACAGCAAAGUCCAGUGCGGUAUGAUUCAUUUGAAAGCCUCUCCUUGUCUAUCCCUUUACCUCAUUGGGGUCGACCAGUUUCUUUAGAUCAGUGUCUUCAACAUUUCAUCUCCUCAGAAACCAUUAAAGAAGUGGAGUGUGAAAACUGCACUAAGCUUCAACAAGGGACCAUAGUAAAUAAGCAGGUUCUGGAAAGCCAGAGGACAACAUUUGUUAAACAGCUUAAACUAGGAAAGCUCCCUCAGUGCCUCUGCAUCCACUUACAAAGACUAACAUGGUCCAGUGAAGGCACCCCCAUCAAGAGACAGGAGCAUGUGCAGUUCACAGAGUACCUGUCGAUGGAUCGCUACAAACACAGCGCUGCCACACAGAGGGGCCAGCGGCUCAAAUGCACCCCAAAGCUCAUAACAGCAGAAAGUUCCCAUGAUGGCACAGAAAAGCCCACUGCCAACGGCACCGAUACAGAGCAUCAUAAUAACAACAAACCUUUUACUAAUGGGAACUGUUCAUCUGUGUUUCUUCACUCGGCUGGUGUGAGUCCACAGCUCAGUCUCACAUGUGACUACAGUUCCACAGAGUACCUUUUCCAGCUCACAGCUGUUUUAGUUCACCAUGGUGACAUGCACUCAGGACAUUUCAUCACAUACCGCCGCAGCCCUUCCUCUCCUCGCAGUUCUUCACCUUUUGGCUCCCAGUGGCUUUGGGUUUCAGAUGACUCGGUGCGUAAAGCCAGUCUGCACGAGGUACUGUCUUCCAACGCUUAUAUGCUUUUCUAUGAGAGAGUCCGAAGACUAAACCUCGCCUUGCGGUCAGAGGAGUAACCAGAAGCCCAUGACCUAAAUAUACAGACUGUUCUACCUUUUCAGUCCAACUGUUCCAGCGGCAUGUGCCAGUGAAAACAAGGUUACCAUCAGGUGAACUAUGGUUUUGAAACCAUGAGACCAGAGAGCAAAGCCAUCAUAGAGGCAGUUGUGGUAAAGAGAAUUGUAUCAUGGAUCUUGGCCACAUGUCAAAACGUGUUGUAUGAUCUGAUCUUAAAUCUAUGAGUCGACACUUUGCCUGUCGCCCUGAUCCAGAGUAGGAUGCACCUAAUCCCAAAGAUUAUGGACCAUGCAGGAUUAUUCAGACCAUUUGUACAUGGAAACUACUUUUCCUUUUGUACAUGUGUCAGUUUCUGUCAUGCAACAUUAUGGCUUUAUGGAACAAACACCUGAUAAUAUAGUGCUUUCCAAUGUAAAAGCCCUGCAGUACAAUGAAGCUUAUUAUCUUACAUUUGUGUAGAGGCUUCACACACGUACUCAUCUGUGGCACCUUCUGGGCCUGUAGUCUGUGAUGUUGUUCAAUUGGAAUGCAGUAUACUUUUAAAGUGUUGCUGUUAUUUUGUCUAUUGCCUGUACAUUAGACAGAGGUAGCUGAAUAGAACUUCUCAGAGAUGUUAUGUAGUAUUUAUUACAUAUUAUGUAAAUUCAGAUGGGAAAUGUGCUCCUCAACUCUGGUUCUCCAAUGCCAAAUUAAAUCUAAUUUGCCUCAU